AUAUGGCAAGUUGCUAUUGGCUGGCGGAAUAAUCUGAUGGCUGGUGAUUGGUGGACAAGUGUGCAUGCAGUCGGGGAGGGAAGCGGCUGGUGUUCAGUGUGCAGUCUCGCACUUCAGUGGAUGGACGUAGUUACGAGUGUGUCAGGGAAGUGAGGAGGUGAUACCCGGCACACGAUGAGCAGCAGGGGAACCGCCCUCGUGACAACCUGGGGAGCACGACCCCGCAGAAGGUCAGCCUCAACGACAUGGGGGACGAGACCGCCACCCACAGAAGAGACAGGAGAAAGAAUUGGCGUUGCCAGAGGAGAGGAAGAGACCAACAGUGGUGAAGGAGCCUGCAGGGAUGUCGAAGGUGAGAGGUGCAGAGGUGGAAACAGGUGCAGAAGCCCUCGGAAGCGAGGAGACAGACUGCGGGGGCAGAGCCCCGCACACCACCCACCUCUUCAUGUACACCAAUAUCCACACACGCUGGGCCAGCAGCCGAGGAACUCUGAACCACUACCGGGUCAGCAGGCGGCAGGGAAACCUCCCCACCCACUCCAUCAUGAGGCGAGAAGUCCUGCGCCACCAACGGGGGGGGAAUCCUCUUCCCAUAACAGAUCAACAGGUGCAGCUGCAACCCCAGUGCAAGUGGCUGCCAGGUGCCCCUCAAGGCCACAACAAAAACAGGAGCGUGGCUGCCCUGCAUAGAAUGCCCGCAGUGUGUACCCCAGCAAGGUAACCGUGGAGGGAACCGGGGACUAAUCUAAAGGCGAGAGUCCAUGUACCACACGAGACCCCAUGCCACCUGCCGGAAGAAACACAGUCCAUACAGAGACCACCAUGCCAUAUUGGCCAAAGAAUCUCCGAAGCAGAGCCUCCGAAAACUCGAAGGGCACACCA